AUGUCGGUCACGUUGCAGACGACAUUGGGCGAUAUCAAAAUCGAAUUGUAUUGCGACUUAUGCCCGAAAACGUGUGAAAAUUUUUUGGCAUUGUGUGCAAGUGGCUAUUACAAUAACUGCAUUUUUCAUCGUAAUAUCAAAGAUUUUAUGGUACAAACUGGUGAUCCAACUGGUACAGGCAAAGGAGGUGACAGUAUCUGGGGCGGACCAAUUGAAGACGAAUUAAACACAGCUUUGAAGCACGACGCCAGGGGCGUUGUGUCUAUGGCUGGUAACGGACCAAAUACAAGUCGAUCACAAUUUUUCAUUACGUACUCAAAACAUCCAACAUUGGACUUGAAAUAUACUGUUUUCGGACGUGUAAUAGACGGGUUCGAGAUACUAGACGAGUUGGAAAAAGUCAAAGUUGACGCCAAAUAUCGACCAGUUGUAGAACAGAAAAUUCGAAAUGUUGUCAUCCACGCUAAUCCGAUUGCCGACAUGGCACUGUUGAGAUCCGACGAAAGAUAUCCGAUCGAGGUAGAAAAACAAAUUGAUUUAGAAAGAAUUCGAGAAAUGCAAAAGUAUUUCGAGCAGUAUACUGAGGAGUAUGUUGAGGUGGAAACGGAGUUGGAAACUUCGUGCAAGAUUAUGACGAAAUCAGAUCGUUUACGUCAACGUCUUGAACCUUUGCUAAACUUCGAACAAGAUUUUUCAUCAAGUCCGUUAAGUGUGGAAGAGAUUGUGAACAUACUGCGAGCCGAGUGCGCUGAAGAUAUCAUUUGCAUCAGAGUGCCUGUAACUGAUACACGUGACAGAUAUGUUAUUAUUUGUACGCCUCAUAACAUAAGACACGGUGAAGCUAUGAUUCUCGCUGUACGGAAAUGUUUCAAGCUUAAGACUAAUCAGGUGCAGCCACCGAAAAAAGCGAAAGUUGGCCGGUGGUUGUGUUACGUGUUCGACGAUAUCUCACUACACAUAAUGACCCGUGAAGCGCGACUCAAAUAUGAUCUUGAAAGCCUUUGGGGCAUCGGAUGGAUGCAGACGUUAGAAGAUGAAGGCGAUGUUUCGAGUCUAGAAUUUCCGAUGCCUGUCUCUAGUUAA